CAGACAGCAUCGACUCUGACUGAACAACAGUUGUUACAAGAGAGAGAACAAUCAAUAGAUUAUUAUAGACACUACUUAAAUGAUACGUUAAAUGUCAAUCUAGAGCAUAUGCUACAACAUAAACAGAGGAUACACGAUGAUCUGCAGACUCUAUUGGAACUACGAAGUAACUUGGAGUUGAUGAUUGAGGGCCACAUGACAGAGUUAAAGACAAUGUUGAACCUUGGCUGCGAAUGCUAUGCCAAGGCUAAAGUACCCGACACCAGCAAGAUAUAUAUAAACAUAGGAUUAGAUAUCAGUGUACAGAUGACAUUACAAGAAGCUGUGGACUUUACAAAGGAUAGAGAACAACACCUUAUAUUGUAUGUACUUCUU